AUGCAUUUCAGAUAUUUUGUGAUUGGAGGAGGAUCUGGGGGAAUUGCGUCUGCCCGACGAGCUGCGUCUUAUGGAGUGAAAGUUGGAAUCGCAGAAUACGGAAGAUGGGGUGGUACAUGCGUCAAUGUAGGGUGCGUCCCCAAGAAAAUAAUGUGGUGGGCUGCAACUGUGAAGGAAAUGCUACACGAAUCAAAGUUUUAUGGUUUUGAACUUAAGGAACAUCCAGAGUUCUCAUGGAGUCAUUUGAAAUCUCGACGGGAGCAUUCAAUCAAACGACUGAAUGGAAUUUAUAUUAGCAAUCUCGAAUCAAGCGGAAUUACACACUUUGAUGCAUUAGCAACUUUUGUUGGGAAGAACGAGCAGGGGUUUCAGAUUCAAGUGGGAGAGAACAUUAUUACGGCGGAGAACGUUCUCAUUGCAACUGGCAGUUCUCCUGAUGGGCUUGAAGCUCCAGGAUCUGAAUAUUGUAUCAACUCCGAUGACUUCUUCUCCUUGGAGACUCAGCCAAAGAAGGUGGCUGUUCUUGGGGCAGGGUAUAUUGCUGUGGAGCUUGCUGGAGUGUUUCGUCUCUUGGGAACGGAAACGCAUCUCUUCACCCGAGGAUCCACUGCUCUAAGAAAAUUCGAUGAAAUGGUUCGGACGAAGCUUCAUGAAGAAAUGGAAAAGCAAGGAGUCCAAAUGCAUCCCGGAUCAAUAAUCGAUUUUGUUCAAAAAGAUUCAAAAACUGGAUUACUCACAGUUGGAACCAAAAAUGGCGAAGUGGUGUCAGGUUUUGAUCAAGUGUUGGUGGCUAUUGGACGAAGUCCCAAUGUGAAAUCACUGAACUUGUCUGUGCUGGGGAAUGUAGCGACUGAGACGUCAAAGGGUUACAUCAAAGUCAAUGAUUUCCAAGAAAGCAGCAUUUCUAACUUAUACGCGAUUGGAGAUGUUUGUGGAAAGGUUGAAUUAACGCCAAUGGCAAUUGCGGCAGGACGUCGUCUCGCAGAUCGCCUCUUUAAUGGAAUGAAAGACGCAAAGGCUGAUUAUGAAAAUGUCCCAACUGUUGUCUUCUCUCACCCACCUAUAGGGACGAUUGGGUUAACCGAAGAGGAAGCAAUCCAAAAAUACGGAAAGGAGAAUCUCAAGUUUUAUUCCUCAGUUUCGGUCAAUCUCUAUUACAGUGUUUUCGAUAUUCCUCCCUCGGAUAAACCUCGAAUUCAUAUGAAGCUCAUCUGUUUACUUCCGAAUGAGUUGAUAGUUGGCCUUCAUAUGAUUGGAAUGGGAUCGGAUGAAGCGUUGCAAGGGUUCGGUGUUGCUAUCAAAAUGGGAGCCACAAAGUCUGAUCUCGACAAAUGCGUUGCUAUUCAUCCAACUGCUGCAGAAGAAUUGGUGACGCUGGCUCCAUGGGGCUUGGCUCCCUCAUCCCACUUGUAG